GAUGCAGUGAGGAGAGAGAAAGCAAGUGAGCAAGAGAGCACAGUCAGAGAGAGCAAGCAUGGGAGCCUGAGUAGUAAAGCAAGCCUGAUUCACGCAGAGUGAACGGCAAGGAGGAGAGCAGGGAGACACAGGGACAGUCAGUCAGAGGAUAAUUCCAGAGAAAGAAAAGAGAAAAAUGAGUCAGACUGAGAGAACAGCAGCUGAGGGAGGAAGCUAGCUAGUGUCUCAACUCCACACAUUCUUUGUAUCCUAACUGUUAAUUCUGCAACAAUGAUUUCCUGGCUGUUUGUUCUUUCUCUUUGCGGCUUUGCCAGCACGGGGAGAUCUACUGUGUUCACCCAACAACCCACAGACUUGGUGGUGGUGGCAGGCCAGCCAGUCACACUGCCCUGCUCUAUUCCCGGAUACCAUGGCAUGGUGCUCUGGCUGCGUGAUGGCAUGGCCCUGGGUGUCAACAGGGAUCUCUCAGGUUACCCACGAUAUGACAUCGUCGGAGACCACAGCAAAGGAGAAUACUACCUAUUGAUCCAGAGAACAGAGAUUCAAGAUGAUGCUUUCUUUGAGUGCCAGGCCAUCCAGGCGGCUAUCAGAUCACGGCCCGCCCGCCUCACUGUGCUGGUUCCUCCUGAUGAUCCAGUGAUAGUGGGGGCUCCGGUGGUGAGUUUACGAGCUGCUGACCACCUCAACCUGACAUGUCAUGCAGACAACGCCAAACCUGCUGCAGCCAUCAUCUGGAUCCGCAACGGUCUAGUCCUAAGUGGAGCCAUGUACUCGAAGACCUUGCUGCGGGAUGGUAAGAGGGAGAGCACAGUCAGCACACUCUACCUAUCUCCUUCCGACAUUGAGUCAGGUCAGCAGAUCACCUGUCGAGCUUCAAACAAAGCAGUCCCCAACGGAAAAGAUGCCACUGUAACAAUCGACAUACAGCACCUGCCCAUUGUCAACCUCACCAUGGAGCCGCAGCCUGCUCUGGAGGGAAACCUAGUCAGAUUCCACUGCGCCGCCAAAGCCAACCCACCUAUCAUCUACUACAGGUGGGCCAAAGGAGGUAAUGUGAUUCCAGACACCUCGGCUGACACCUAUGAGGUUCUUGUGGAUCACUCCUUCUUCACUGAGCCGGUUUCCUGUGAGGUCACCAAUGCACUGGGCCACACAAACGUUAGCAGGAAUGUGGAUGUCUACUUUGGGCCGAGGAUGGCAGCAGAGCCUCAGUCUCUGCAAGUGGACCUGGGAUCUGAUGCUGUUUUCAACUGUGCUUGGACAGGAAACCCCUCUCUAACCAUUGUGUGGAUGAAACGUGGCUCAGGAGUGGUGCUUAGCAACAAGAACACUCUGACACUGAAAGGAGUAAAGCAGGAGGAUGCUGGGAAGUAUGUGUGUCGGGCCGUAGUCCCCCGAGUGGGUGCCGGGGAGAAGGAGGUGUCACUCACUGUGAAUGGUCCUCCCACUAUCUCCAGCACCCAGACCCAGCAGGCACUCUACGGAGAAAAGGGUCAGAUCAAAUGCUUCAUCCGCAGCACCCCUCCUCCCGACCGCAUCGCCUGGUCCUGGAAGGAGACAGUUUUAGAGUCAGGGACAUCUGGACGCUACACUGUGGAGACAGUCAGUACAGAGGAGGGGGUGAUCUCCACACUGACCAUGAGUAACAUCGUCCCUGCUGAUUUCCAGACUAUAUACAACUGCACAGCAUGGAACAGCUUCGGGUCUGACACUGAGAUCAUACGACUCAAAGAACAAGAUACUCUGCGACUAGCUGUCAUUGUCGGGGUGGCAGUGGUAGCCUUCUUCGCUCUCUCGAUCCUCCUGGGGACAUUAGGCGCUUUCUGCUGCACCAGAUUCCAGAGAAAGGACGUCCAUCUGGUCAUGUCUUCUCUUCCUGUGUCCCUUUCGCGCCAGAGAGAUGUAAAAACAGAAAAUCUCAAAGGAGUGGGUUCAGCAAAAAAGGACAUUCGGGUGGAGAUCGUCCACAAGGAUCACAAUGCAGCACGGCAGAGUGAGGAGCAUACCAACAUCAAACAGAUGAUGAUUGACCGUGGUGAGUUCCAGCAGGAACCCGUACUGAAGCCACUAGAGGUGCUCAAGGAGGAAGAAAAGGAGUUCCAGCACAUUAAGGACCCCACCAACGGCUACUACAGUGUCAACACCUUCAAUGAGCAUCACGCCACCCCCACCAUGUCCCUGGCCCCCAGCCAGACACCCGAUGUAGUCCGAAGUCCACCCACUGGAACUAUGACUAUUGGCAAGCAGCGGGUGCCCACCGGCAUGUCCUUCACCAACAUCUACAACACCCUGGGAGCCGGUCCCAACCGUCUGUACGACUACAGCCAGCGACUCGUCCUGGGCAUGGGCAGCAGCUCCAUUGAACUGUGCGAACGGGAAUUUCAGCGGAGCUCACUCAGCGAUUCCGGCUCUUUCAUCGAUACACAGUGUGACAGUAGCGUCAGCAGUUACAGCAAGCAGGACUGCUAUGUGCAGUUCGACAAGGACAGCAAGACCUCAGCCUCGUCCUCCUCCCAUUAUUCUCAUUCGUCCUCCCAGAAUUCAGACCUCACCAAGCCUCUGCAGAAACGCAUGCAGACCCACGUCUAACAGCUUAUGGGACCUUGACUGGGCUAACAAGGAUGGAUGGGUUGUUCCAAAGAGCCUUCUAUGACUUAUUUCAGUGCUUGAUUGGUAUUCCAACACAGGGACAUGACUUGAUUUGUAGAUGCCAUUUUUUGAAGCUAUAGCCUAGAUAAAAAAGCUGCAAUCAAAGUGCAACUUCAUAAUAGCCGACAUUAAAAAAACCUUCAUGGCAAUCGUUUGUCUGCUUUUAAAUUGACACAGUGGUUUGCUGCUGACCCCACAAUGUUAUAUGCAUAAUGUAGUGAUGGUCAGUGAGAAUAUCAGACAAAAACAACCAGAGAAAAAAACAACAAGCAGUUCUUUUUAUUAAUGCUGCAGUAGGUAACUUGAACACGCUUAAUUCAAAACCUUCCAUGUGUCUCUCUGCUGCUCACAUCAACCCGCUAAGCCCCUUCUACCAAACCCGCAGCAGACCAGAAGCAGCCGGUGGCCUUCGCUGCCUUCGUUUGUUCUCCAAACAGUAACCCCUAACCCUAACAGCUCUCCGUGGUUCCAGGACAGAUUGCCCCAGGUUUCAGAGGCAGCUGCGGUGUGCAACAUGUCCAACAGUGGAAUGAGAUGAUGGUCCAGACAACCUCUUCAACUGAACAAAUGGACUGUCACACUCCUUGUGGCUCUGAUUGGUUGUUUUCAUUGAGCCUAGGUGGAUUCUUGCAAUGCCAUUAGGAGCACCAGGAGGAGCCAGAGGAACCUAUAUUUUUCACAGAUUAUCAGACUCAUUUACUACUGUCAGGAUAUAGUGAAAGUUUCAGCAAAUAUGGCAAAGAGUUAGUUUUAUAAAAGUUACCUGCUGCAGCUUUAAUGAGAAAUCUGUGCUCCCAGCUGCCCCUCUGCCAUUCAGAGCCCUGAACCUACAUUAAAAUCAGAAAAUGACUUCUCUCAUGACCAUCUUGGAGGAAAUGAUGUGAUAGACAGAUGACCACCCACCUAGAGCCGGAGGAUCUGUCCUAGGUUUCUGCCUUUAAACAGGCAGUUUUUCCUUGCCCUCGUCGCCAAGUGCUUGCUCAUGGUGGUACUGUUGGGUCUCUGUAAUUAAUGUUUUAAAGAGUUCGGUCUAGACCUGCUCUAUUUGAAAAGUGUCCUGAGAUAACUUCCGUUAUGAAUUGGCGCUAUACAAAUAAAAUUGAAUUGAAUUGAAUUGAAUUGAAUUGAACUGAAUAGCUGGCACAGCCGCAAGCUCUGUUAGAUGUCACUCAUUUCUUGUUCAUCAGUCACCAUAACACCAUGGUGACUUCUAUUGUUAGCUGCGUUAGAAAAGGUGUCUCUUUUGUAUAAUGUGCUUAAUGGCUAUUAUUUUUCUGACAUUGUGAGAAUAUCUUUGUCUUUUGGCUUUAUGAAGGAGAAUUUCUCAUAAACUGAUCACAGAAUGCAUGGAGGCAUGGACAUGUCAUCUUGCGCAACCCCUAGAUCCUUUUGUUCAAUGACCUGAUGCUUUCAGGAGGUAUUUCUUUCCAUUUUCCAACCUCCUGAAAGGACCUUAUGAUGUUAACAAGAGUAGUGCAAGGGUAUUGAGUUCUGUUCUUUUCCCAUUUAAUGUGAGUACUUGUAUAGCUUUCUAGUCUUCCGACCACUCAAAGCGCUUUUACACUAUGUACACAUUCACCCUUUCACUCAGCCAUGGCAAAGUCCAUCAAACAGAAACUAACUCAUUCAUACACAUUCACACAAUUUGGGGUUCAGUAUCUUGCUCAAGGAUACUUCGACAUGUGGCACCAGGAGCCGUGGAUCGAACCAACAACUUUCCGAUUAGUGGACGACCCGCUCUGCCUCUGAGCCACAGCCGCCCCCAAAUAAGACAUAAAGUUGUUUACACUAGAGCUUUGUAAAACCCAACAUUUUGUGCACUGUGACUACUUAAUGAAAAGAGGUGAGGAUAAAGUGAAAUUCUUGCUGUCUAAAAAAUUCUGAUCUGCUGGGGACUUUGAUGCCCACUGUUGGAGCUGGAGACAAAAUGCUAUCAUUAGUUCGAAGCCUGACAAUUGAAUUGUGGCACUUAAGAAGGAUGACAAAAAAAAAAAAGCAUGACACAUUUACUGUUAGCAGUUUGAGUACUUCCAUUGGAAAAUUAAAAUAAGAAAUCUGAAAUGAUUAUGAGUACCUGGGGUGGUUUAAUAGGCCACCAGUAAAAGCAGCCACACAACAUUUAGGAUCCAAAGGGCUAUCAACCAAUAUAAUGACAUGACAGACAGCAGAGGAACACAAGAGCUUUAGAACGUAACCGCUCUGAAACAAUCAGAAAAAAGAGUUUCUUUGAUUCAUGCUUUGUUCUGAACAUCUCUCCCUCUCCUCAUCAUCCUCUGUUUAUCUUGACCAAAGGCACUCUCUCUGGCCUGCUGGACGCGGAGAGGAGGGGUCAACUUUGAAUGGUGUGUUUACAAACAGCAACAGACAAAUCCUGUAUAGUAUGCCUUUAACAAAAGCAAAAAAUAAUCUGUCCCGUGAUUCAGAUGUGUUCCAAAAUGUAAUGGGUUUGUCCUUGGCCCAUACUACACCCUUCCACCAAGAUUCAUUAAAAUUGGGUAAUUUUUCUGCAGUCCUGCUGAAAGACAAACAAACAAACAAACCAAACACAUAACCUCCUUGGCAGAGUAAUACGGUUCAAGAUUGUUAGAAAGGGAGUGAAGAAAGCACAAAGUGGUAUAUUGCAUAGCUACUCAUGUUUUACAAAUUAUUAUAACUGAAUAGCAUGGGUUGAUGUACUGUCAUAACUAAGCACUUACCGAUGUAUGAGGCUCACUCUUACUAUGUAAUAAAAUUAAUGUCAUCACUGUCAUGUUUGGCAAUCCUACCUUACAUUUUGGGAUUUCUGUUGUGAACAUACAUUACUGUACAGAAAGAAAGGUUUUGUGCCAACAUUGUGUUUUGAUUAAAGAAAACUUAAAUAUACCUCAA